CACCUUGAAGCAACUACAACAAUUAAAUACCCAAACAGUUAAUGCUUCUGAUGUAUUAAAUGGAGAGAAUGGAUUUCAAUUCUUAAAUAAUCUCGAUGAAGCUCUAGCAGCCAGUGGUUUAGUUAACAGCACUGCAUCCGCUAGCAAUACUGAUACCAUACCUUCGACACCUUCUACGCCAAUGAUGACCACGUCCCCUUCUACGGUCUUGACAUCUACACCUCUAUUACCAACAACGUCCUUACUUCCACACAUACAGUCAAAACCAUCUCAACAGCCAUCAUUACAGCCUCACCUUUCUUCGGAACAACAAAAAAAAGAUCAGAAGCCAAUUUCUGGUAACAACGAUGUAACCGCGACAGCCGAAGAGAUAUUAAAGAGAGAAUUAAUGAAUCAGAAGGUGAGGGCUGAUAACAGAGAGCGCAAAAAACGUUGGAGACAGCAAAACGAAGAAAGAAGUAAAUUUAUUACAGUAAACGUCCAACAAAUAGAGCGCACAAAUUGUUUGGUAAAGAGGAUAGCGAGCAAAAACGGAAAUGGAUUGAAGAAGAAUUUUUCAAACGUCAACAAAAACGAAAAGAAAAGGAACGCCGAAAAGACGUAGUGGAUGAUUCAUUAGGCGUACAUCAUCAAUUACACAACAGCUUAGCGGCUACAGUAGCCGUUAACGGAGCAGCAGCAGGAUUGGAUUUUAAUGCACUCUUACAUU